GGGGCCAUGUGGUUUGCCUUUCUUCUCCUGCUGUGGCUGGACCCUGUGAUUCCAAACCAGAAGGCAGGCAGUUGUUCUCAGCCCCAGCCUCUCUGCUGUCCGGGAGAGGAUUACCGCUGCAAGAGAGGAAACUGCUAUUGUGAUCAAUUCUGCCGUGUGCUAUCAGACUGCUGCCCAGACCACGGGACCCUCUGCAACCCCGGUGACCUGCUCCCAGGCUCACUUCCACCCGUGGGUCAGCUGGAUGCUGUAACCCACAGAGCCUCUCACACUCCCAAGAUGGUGCUACAGAUGGUGCUGAGGACUGGGAGGCCACUCACCUCAGCCAGGAACAAUCAAGAUUUGGUACAAAACAUGGUUCUGCAGCUCCUCCACACCCUCUCCAGAAGCCCGCUCUCGGUGACCGUGAAGGGAAUCAGGAAGAGAGCCUGAGUCCUCCUUCAGCCCUCGCCAGCAGGACCCAUGGAACCGAGAUCACCUUUGGUUUGUUGGGGCCAACAUGGCUGGCCCAGCC